GUUAUGGAAAUAUGUUGAGAAGCUUGGCCAAACAGGUUAUUAGUCAACUUGAUGCGGAAGAAUCCAAAACCACAAGGCUUAGCCGGAGGAGAAGAGCAUCUGAGCAUGAGAUACAAUUUCGACUUGUCGGAACCUCGCGACGCCGACGUCGGUGGUCUUCAAUCAGCAACGCCAACUUCAGCUUCAACACCCAAAGAAAAACUGGAAUGGCUAUCCUUACAAAACCACCCUGUCUUUUCUGCUCCCAACAGGGAUGGAGCCGCCCAUUCCUCCAACUUCACAAUACCUAAAAACCUUUUGGCGUGGGACGGAGCUUCUCGUCUCUACUUUUGGGACUCUUACAAAAGCUGUCUACAUCGGCUCUCCGUUCGGUUGGGCGAACCAGACCCUACUUUCGUCCUUGCCGCUUCUCCCUCUAAGGUACUGCAAGCUGAUAUGCAAUUGGAUUUUGAGGUUCAGCGAAUUUCCAUUAAUAGAAAUGGAUCAGCACUUUUCCUAGUUGGCUUGGAUGGUUUAUACGUCAUGUAUCUCUAUGGGAGGACUUCGACGAAAGAAAAUACAGUUAUAUGCCGGACAGUUUCAGUUGGUUCAGAGAUUUACUUUGACAAAAACAACUCAAUACGCACGUUGCAGGUUUGUUGGCACCCUUACAGUGACACCCAUCUUGGAAUCCUCUCUUCUGAUUCGGUUUUCAGGGUUUAUGAUCUGUCGUCGGCCCUUGGUCAGCCAGAACAGGAGUAUUAUUUGCAGCCUGUGGAGCCUGGCAGCUUGCACAAUGCCACAUCAAUCUGCCCCGUCGAUUUUUCUUUUGGGGGUGAUCAUUUGUGGGACAGGUUCAGUGUUUUUAUCUUGUUUAGUGAUGGCUCAGUUUACAUCCUAUGUCCUGUUGUUCCAUUUGGAAGUGUGUACAAAUGGGAAUCUAUACUGGAGUUAUAUAGUGAUGCGCAUGUGUUUGGCCUGAAAUCAUCAAAUUCAAAAGCUGUGAAAAACUCAAAUUUGGCAAUCUCUUGGUUGGAAGCAACAUUUCCUGAACUAGCCCGGAAAGAAGUUCAUGCAGAAAAUGCUUCUGUACUUAGAGCUCAGCCUUAUGCUUUAUUUGAUGCGUCAAUCUCAUUGCAGGGGCCUUUACGUAAAGUAAGUCACGUCGUUGAAGAAGACUCAGUUCAUCCUCAAGUUUGUGAAGGGCGUGCUGUCAGUUUUCUUUAUGAUUUAGUUAGCAAAGAUUCUAUUGUCGUAACUGCUUGGAGUGGUGGCCAGUUGCAAAUUGAUGCUUUAGCUGAUGAAGUACAGCCGGUUUGGAAGGUCGAUAGCCCACCUCGGGUUUGUCUGGAUUCAACUGAUAGUAUAGUUGGCCUUGCAAUGAUUUGCGAGUCAUUGUCCAGUGACACCUCUAUUUUGAAGCUUGACCUGCCACCUGAUCAUACCUUAUGGUUGGGACAUCCACCUCCUCUUUUGAGGCUGGCUAUUGUGGAUUUAGCUCUUCCCAGAAGAAGUGGUUCCGUUAUAUCAAUGUUUGUUGAUCCCCUUAUUUCAGAAAGAAUAUAUUGCCUUCAUGAUGGAGGAAUUGAUUCAGUAGUGUUGCACUUUUUACCUUUCACUAAUCAGAGUAGUGGCAAAGAAGACAUGAUGAGAAGUCCCUCUGUGCAUCCCGUUCUUAGCACUUUCCAAGGAGAAGCAUCCUCAGCCUCCCCACUUUGUGGUUUCUUGGCUCUGUCAGAUUCUUUUGGAGAUUCAUGGAUUGUGGGUCUUACCCCUUCUAGUGAGUGUAUAGUGUUGGAGAUGGAGACCUGGAAUACACUGGUUCCCCCAAUUAUUGAUAAGGUUGACAAACUCAUAGACUCAGAGGGGCCAAAAGAUACAGAUAUUCCUACUAUCAUAAGCAAAGAGCUCCUUACUGGGCCCAGGGUAGUUCUUUUGCCCCCUUCAUCGCCUCAUUUACGCUCCGUUGCUGCUGAUUCAAUUGAAGGCCGAUCAACACUUCAUCAGUAUUUCAAGCUUUUUCAUGAAAAUUAUGUGGAAUAUGCCCACAAGGUAACUUUGUGCUGGCCGGACCNUUUCAGUAAUUUUUUGUUAAAUUUCGACGCAGGUCACUCCUGUUAUCUAGGGUGUGUAAAUGGGAAAUCGGUGCAAGUUGGGCGGAAAGUAUGUAUUAACCUUUUUCUGGCUUUAACCUUCUCGUAUAUGGAAGUGACUUAUGUUUUGUGUAAUGCAGACAGAUAUAGGGGAGUGGAGUUGGAUGCUCUGUGCUCUUCUAUUGAAGCAGUAAAUGCCAGGUUGAAAAGAUUCACACAUUCUCCACAGGCCAAUCGAUCAAAUGAACAGCGACAAUUAUCAGUGAGGAGAAAGAGCCAUGUUCGGGAAAAUGAAAUGUCACUGCUUAAAGCAUCAAUUGAAAAGCUCUCACUGGUGAACAUUGAAAAUGCAAAGAAGGUUAAAGUAGUUGAAUCUGCAUUGAAAUGCCGUGAAAUAGGCACUUCAUGAGUUAUUCCCCUCAACUAUAUAUUUAGGAUAACAUGUCGAUUUUUGCUCCUGACGAGAGGGGUUGCUCUGAUGGUAAGCAACCCCACUUCCAACCAAGAGGUUGUAGUUCGAGUCACCCCAAGAGCAAGGUGGGAAGUUCUCGGAGGAAAAGAUGUCGAGGGUCUAUUUAGAAACAGCCUCCCCAGACCCCACUAGUGGGACUAUACUGGGUUGUUGUUAAUUUUUGCUUCUGAUCCGAUAAAGUCUAUAUAUAUUGUUGGCCCCCCUUUUUUAAUCUUUUUAUAUUAUUACUAUGUUUUUUUUAUUAACUUUGAUCCUCUAGAAGAUACUUAAGCAUAA